AGAGAUGAAGAUUCCUUCAAGGGUUAAUUUUCCAAGAUGCCAUGGCUUGCUAUUCCCUUCUCGAAUUCUGAGACCAUUAGUAGCCUCAAGAAGCUGUUUCAAGUGAGGGGGAUUCCCAGUCUUGUUCUGCUUGAUGAAGCUGGUAAACUUGUCACUAAAAGUAGGGUUAUGCUUAUGAAUGAACAUGGGGCUGAAGCAUACCCUUUUACAUCACAAAGGAUCCAUGAGCUAAAGGAUCAAGAACAGGAAGCCAGGAGGAACCAAACCUUAACAUCAAUUUUGGUCUCUCGCUCUCGUGAUUUUGUCAUAUCUUCUGAUGGGAAAAAAGUACUUGUAUCUGAGCUUGAGGGUAAGAUAGUUGGUCUAUAUUUCUACUCUGUUGUAUACAAUGCAUCGGCAGAUUUUACUCCAAAGCUAUUGGAGGUAUACAAGAAGCUAAGGGAAAAGGGUGAGAAGUUUGAGGUUGUGGGAAUACCCUUAGAUAGUGAUGAAGAAUCAUUCAAGAAAGGACUUGAAAGUGUGGUUGGCUAUCCUUGCCUUUCAAUGACAAGAGCAUUGAUAAGUUGGCAAGGGUGA